UUAAGUUCUCGAUUGAUAGAUCAGCGCAAUGACUAAUACGGACACUUGUGUAAAGUGUCUCCUUGUAAAAGUUGACUGAUUUCGCGUAAAAGUCUCGCGAGGAAUCGCUCGCUAAGCUCGAGUCGCAAGUGACAUAAUAAUUCGGAUAUCGGGAAUCUCUUUUUUUCAUGUGAUGAGCAGCGCAUGUGAGGAUUCGUGUCCUUGGACGAACUAUUUGUCGGAGGCGAUCAAUAAAUACGUCCACAACCUGUUAUCGUUUCUCUCGUCGACUUUCGGGUUAACCUUCAAUUCCAACGACAUCGUCAUCCUCGAUGACGAGACGUCGUCGAAGUUGCGCGACUUCCUUCACGAAUUCGUUGCGUUGCUUGCGUUCGACGAUUUUCAACUUCAGCUGCUCAAAGUCUUCCUGUUGACAUUCCUGAGUAGUGUGGCAUUGAUCUUCGUUGCCUGGCAUAUUUACGGCACCAGAAUUACGAAGCAAUUUAUGAAAGCAGGUGCCGCUGAAGAUUACAAUACAUCAAGUGAAUAAUCUAUUGGAUAUUUGAAUUUUAUAUUUCAUUUUUUCUGAACAACAGCAAUAAUUUGACAUCUGAUAAAUAUGGCUGAUAAAAUCAAGUCUUUCUUCCAAAA